AUGUCAGUCCGAUCAUCAGGCGAGAUACCGAACCAAGGCCAAGAACGUGAACCCGGCUCUGCGGCUAACAAGCGACGGCGUAUUGGUCUUGCGUGCAAUGCAUGCCGAACGCGCAAAUCUAGGUGCGAUGGACAACGACCCUCGUGCUCGUCUUGUAUCUCACUUGACUUUGACUGCCAGUACGAGUCGAGCGAAUCUGCCACCAAUGUCAUUGUACGCAAGGAUUACAUGUCCGAUCUGGACCAUCGUAUGGCCAACAUGGAGCGCACAGUACAACGCCUGAACGAUGUGCUCAAGGGCCAUCUUAGUCCGUGUGCGGACAGUCGUUCAUGUGACUCCACAAGAACUUCACAUCAAAGUGCCCCUCCCUUGAUGCCAAUUCGUGCGGACCCGACUCAGACGCGCGUCACGGGUCUGGAAGAGCCACAGGAUGAAGAUGCUGCCACCAAUGGUAUGGCUAUGAUAUUUGUAGAAGAACACACUUCAGCGUUCUUCGGCGAAGCUUCCAACAUCAACUUCACCCAGCUCCUGCUUCGAGCUGUAGCUAUCGCACGUCACUCCGGUACAGAGAUGCCUGGCCUCAAAGACAAUUUCGGUGUCGUGGACGAUGCCAGUGUUUCGAACUUGCCUCAUGGUCAACUACACUCAACGGCGUUGUCUACAACUGCCCUGGACACCUCGAUCACUUCUCUUCCACCGUUUCCAGAAAUGAACAGUUCGUUAGACAUGUACUUCAACACUGUCGGGGUGGUUUUUCCUUUUAUCCACGAGGAGACAACCCGGAAUACUUACGCUGAAUGCCUGGAGAACGGAUUCACAAGAGCUCGAAGGACAUGGCUUGGGACUUUGAACAUGAUAUUUGCAAUGGCCAAUAUGCUUGAUCGAGACAACUUUCCAUCAGCCAAAAAGCGCUUCGAAAAAUCCGAGGUCUUCUAUAGAAGGGCUGUUGGCUUGUGCGGUGAGUUGUCGAAACAUGUCAUUAGUUUGGAGAUCGUGCAUUAUCUCCUCCUGGUCGUCCUCUAUUGUCAAGGUACCCAGCGCUCGGUGCAAGCUUGGAACAUCCAUGGACUUCUUACUCGUUCGGCUAUGGCACUGGGUCUACAUAGUGUUGCCGCUGGUAAAGUUUUGGAUCCCAUCCAAGAAGAGUACCGACGUCGCACAUGGGUUGUCAUCUACUGCAUGGACAAGGUCUUGAGUGUAGCUUUCGGAAGGCCAGCAAGUAUUCCCGACGAACAGGCAGUCAACCGACAACCGUCCUCGAGGCUUUACCGGACUCCAAGUAUGACAGAGACUGGAGUGGAUACACCUGGCGAUUUCCUCGCUGUAUCUUUCGAAUUGUACCAAGUGAUGAGUAAGUCCUUGGUCAAACAGUACUCGGCCAACGUCGAGUGCAGAGACAAUGAUCCGGAUGAUUUGAUCGCAAUUCAAGCUUCUGUUGAGUUCCGUAAAACGCUUCGAAUCUGGGCAGCAAGCCUGCCGCCGUACCUUGGGCUGUGUGAACCUCAGUCAGACAUCCUCGCUGAAAAUACACAGGUGAAUCGUCUUCGUGUUAUACUCACGUUGAGGUAUCACAAUCUGAGUAUUCUUAUUCACAGACCCUUACUUGGUGCAACGAUUGGCCACUUGUUCCGGAAAGACUCUGUGGCCAUUGACAGUCCACCUUACUUUAUCCAGCUGGCAAUGGCUGAAGCUAGAGAAUGCAUUCGAUCGGCAGAAAGCACCAUCGAUAUCGCGUACGCGGUUAUCACUGCCGAUCCAACAAGUAAGAACAAUUUGGGAGUGUGGUAUUUUACUCUUUAUUAUGUAUUCACAGCAUCGCUUGUCAUCAGUGCGUCUCUGUUGUGGUCGCAACAUGAUAGCAACGACAUAGACGUUACAGCCGUCAAUCAUGCAAAAAAACUACUCAAGAAAGCGGAGACUAUCUUUCAGCAUCUGGACUACGAGAACAGUCUUAUCCUCAGCUGCUGGAAGUACAUCCAUCAACUCUCAGCUAUGUGCAACUACCGUGGAACAACAAAUACGAUUGAGGGCAAUCCAGAAGGGAGUUCUACGGCAACAGAAGCGUGGCCAGACGCGCCAUCAAACCCUGCUUCCGUGACGGACCCAUUCAUGACCAUGCCGCUGGGUGCAGAUGACAUUGAGGUGUAUCAGCUCUUUGCAUCCGAGAUGUUUGACCCUUCUAUAUUCGAGAACAACGCGUAUGGGGGUAGCGGAACUUCCGUAUGGGAGAACAUUAUUCGUUCAUUCAUCCUGCUCCACUCAGCGCAAAGUUCUGCUCCCAUUACCGAAAUGUCUGAGAAACAACUUCCCACAAUCCUCACCCAGCUUCCUAACGACCCCAACCGGCGUCGCUACUCCAAAGAGGAGCUGCAGAAUUACUUCACACGAAUCGACCUCCCCCAGAAAUACCUCGACUCGCCCGUACUGUCGCAUGUCGAGCUUGCCGCAACAAAGGAACAUGGACUGCCGUUGCUGGAAGCACUAUGUCGCCAUCACACCUGUAACGUACCAUUUGAGAAUCUCAUCCUCCACUACUCUGCCAGCAAGAAAGUCACCCUGGAGCUCUCGGAAUUGUAUAAUUGGUUUGUCGAAAAGCGACGUGGGGGCCGUUGCAUGGAGAACAACAGUUUCUUUGGCACCGUGUUGCGCUCCAUUGGGUACCAGGUGCGCAAUUGCGCUGGCCGUGUUUCUAGAGCCAUGAGCCCGUUUCCCGAGGUCCGGAAAACUCAGGCAAACACGUAUGAUGGCAUCAACCAUAUGCUGAACCUCGUUCGCUUCGGCGGAGAGUGGUAUGUCGUGGACGUGGGUAUGGGCGCCAUGGGCCCAAAUGUGCCUUAUCCCCUGGUCGAUGGCUUCUCCACCACAAGCAUUGCACCCAGAGAAAUCCGCAUCCAGCACCGCGCAAUCAGCGAAUCCUAUGGCGGGGACGCCGCGCCUAAACUCUGGUGCUAUGAUGUUUGCUACGAUCCUAGUCAUGGCAAUGACAACAAAUGGAUACCCACCUAUUGCUUCACAACCACGGAGUUCUUGCCGCAGGACUAUGAGGUCAUGAGUUGGUUUACGAGUACGCAUGGCAAUUCGUUCUUUACGCGCUAUGUGACAGCGACGAGGAUGCUCAAUGAUGAAGAGACAGAGAAGGUUGUGGGCAGUGUAACGCUAUUUGUUGAUACUAUAAGAGAGCAGAGAGGUAGUGAGCGCAGGGUCAUCAAGGAGUGCAAGACCGAGGAGGAAAGGAUUCAGAUGUUGAAGGAGAUCUAUGGUGUUGAAUUGAGUGAGGAGGAGAGGAAGAGUAUUUCUGCUGAGAUUAGAUUGCCUUAG